CUUUGGUGCCGAUAAGUUUGUCUUGAAUCUUGAAGAGAUUCUUAAGUGGUUUAAUCAGCCAAAAGCCUGAAGGGUCACUGUUCGCAUUGAAGAUCAUAGAACGGAUAAUUUAUGGUGUCACGGUGAAAAUGUUGGCUUGUGAAAAAAUGGAUAACAAUAACCUAUCACCGAGCUUUGGGAUUACAAACGGAACCGGAAACAACAACAACAGCAGUGAAAACAUCUAUAUUGACAUUCCGACGCCUUCGACCAGAAGUGUGUCCCCGUUGUCUUCGGCCUCGCCGGGGAAGGACAAAUCGUAUGGGUUUUUCCAAAAUAUUUACCGGAAAAUAAGUUUGAAGUCCAGUGAAGAUCUGAAUGGGUCGAAUGCGGAAGAAAACUCGCGUAGUUCUUCGGUAGACUCGUGCUCAUCUUUUAGUGAACAGUUGCAAGCACCGCCCAAAAGAAGAUCAAGUUCCGCGAUCAAGUCGAUGGACCAAAUAAUAUCCACUCAUGAACAUUCCAGUGCCUCAAGUGAUAUGGAGAGUAAUUCUUCGCAUGAUGUAGACAAAUCCCUGAGGGAGUGCCGAAGGUCUUCCGUGCGAAAGUUGUUGGAAAACUUGAACAUCUCCGGACCUAUCAGAUCCAGAUCACUAUCGCUCAGUAACGCUCCGGGGAAUCUUCUGAGCCAUAAAGGCUCUAAGGGCGAAUCGAAGGCAUCGCUAUUCAGCAGCAAUAGCAUCUCGUCUUCGACUCCAGUUUCCCAAGGCUACAAUGGAUCGGGCAAACUGCCGCCCAAGAAGAUUCUCCGACGACCUGUUUCCUAUACGUACAUCCGAGGAAUUUCUGGCCUUCCGACGCAACGUGUUCCUCGAACAUCGGUAUGCUGCAGUCAUUACGGGCGCUAACCUUAAUCGGAUAUUCCCCUGAGUAUUCCACGUCAUAUCAAUUCAGAUUCAAGUACUAAUGGUUGAUAACGGCUUAAUUUAAGUUACGACUCGAAAUGGCUUAGUUAUCUGGCGGAUUAGCGACAUAUUCGGAAAGAGAAGUCUGUAAAUUAGCGAAUACAGAAAUGCUUGAACUCAACGCGAGAAUCUAAAGUGCAAUUAUUCUAAAAAGUUCUAUUCAAACCAUCUGUUCUAAUGCAACAUAAUGAUAUGAUAAAAUUUGACCAAAACAAAAAGAAAACGAUUUUAUGAGUAAUGAGUAACCUUCACAAGACUAACAGUGAUUUAAUUCUAGCUUAAAAUUAAACCCGAAGAGGCCAUCCAAUAACUUUGAAAUCAAACAAACAGCAACUAGGUGAUUAUAUUCCAAAAUCAAACCUAUUGGUAAAAUGUUACUAUUUCAAUCGAACACCAAUUAAUUGUACACCCAACUCUUAAGAAUUCUUAAAACAAGUAUUUGAUAAUAUUCUCAAAUAGUGAUCCUACUGUAAAAAGCACUCAAUUAGUAGCCGCUCAUACGAUAAGUCCAAACAUAUAAACGAGCCAAAAUAAUGAGCUGCGCUCUUAUCAUCAUCGUAUCCUGACCACAGAUGGAUAAAUCGGCAUUGUAUAUAGAUACAAACUAUGCAUACUGCUAAUAGAAUAUGCAUUUUCAGCAUGUAAUACCGUUCUUGUAGAUAUGGUCUAGUGUAACAUAUUCAAUUUUUUGAGAAUAAAAUCUUAAAACAACUGUUGAUAUUAACUUUAAAUA